GUCAAAAUUUGUGUUUUGGACUUGAAUGUCAAAGAGGUUAUUUAAUUUUCAACUUGAUUUUUCUAUUUAUUUUAGCGCUGUAGGAAGUUUAAAAGUGUUUGUGAAUGAUCUACUACACCAAAAAAUAAAACCAUCGGACAAUCCCAAUGUUCUUCCUAAAAUUAUAACAUCUGCUGGUAAGUGGUGCUCUCAAAAACAAAUCAAAACAAUAGCAACAAAAUCGCGAAAUGGCAACGAAAUUCGACGCGGCUGCUUACAAUUUUCGUAAAAAAUGUCCGUACAUAAGCAAGGAUUUGCUCAGGUGGUUCCCCGGCCACAUGAACAAGGGUCUAAAGCAAAUGCAGCGCAAGUUAACGAGCGUAGACUGUGUCAUCGAAGUUCACGACGCUAGAAUACCCUUCACUGGCAGAAAUCCCAUAUUUACGAAGACCGUAACAGGUGCUAAACCCCACAUAUUGGUCCUGAAUAAAAUGGAUCUGACUAUGAAGUCGUUAAUUCCCAAAAUAAAAGACCAGUUAAAAGCAGAACAAAAUAUAGAACAUGUAGUGUAUACGAACAGUAAAGACCAACAUUGCCUUGGAUUAAAGAUGUUGAGGCCUCUCAUGGUCGACCUGAUCAAAAAUUCAAAUAGAUACAAUAGGACAGAAGAGUCAGAUUACAAUGUAAUGAUCAUCGGAGUGCCAAAUGUUGGGAAAUCAUCGUUGAUAAAUAUGAUGCGGUCGAAAAACAUGAGUGUAAGACAUGCCUUACCUGUAGGAGCAGUGGCUGGGGUGACUAGAAGUCUGAUGACCAAAAUGAGGAUCAAUAAUGACCCUACUAUAUUCAUGUUGGAUACACCUGGUAUCCUGGAGCCCUCCGUAACUGAUAUUGAGGCAGGUCUGAAGCUAGCGUUGUGUGCGUCGCUGCAAGACCACCUGGUCGGGGAGGAGGCCAUCGCGGACUACCUGCUGUACUGGCUCAACAAGCACGGCAAGUUCAAGUACGUGGACUACAUGGGACUCCUGGAGCCUUGUGAUGAUAUCCACCAGGUGUUAUUCUCGGGCGCGCGCAAGAUGAACCGCGUGCGGCGCGUGCGCGACUUCGACGGCAGCACGCGCGACGUGCCCGAUCUGACCGAGGUGGCACGCACCAUGAUCAAGGCCUUCCGCACAGGCGAGCUGGGCCGCGUGCUGUUGGAUGUAGACUUGUUGAAGAACCACCCGAGUCACGCUAGCCGUAGCACGAGGCAGAUGGCGUAGCACGAGGCAGAUGGCGUAGCACGAGGCAGAUGACGUAGUAACGAGACAGAUGACGUAACAACGAGGCAGAUGGCGUAACAAGAGGCAGGUGCCGUAGCUCAGGACUCGGCAACGUUUUGAUGUGGGAGCGCGGCGAGACAAAUGGCGUAGUUCAGUGCUGCAAACUAACCUUUUGAGGUAAAGAGCCAAUAGUAACAAUUUACAAAAAUACAGUUUGUAAGACCACAAAAAUGUUUUAUAUUUGAUGACCUGUGGCGUAGAUGGAGUAGUUCAGGAUUUUAGCUAAACGUUUGAUAGACAGGUCUUUGGGUAACAGGGUCCCAUACUGUCCAAUAUUAUUGUCAAAAUCCUAAAUAUACUAAACUCAAUCCGUUAAUAUUAGCCUAUCGUACGGGACUUCCCACUUCUCGUUCCCACCGCUACAACUCCUGUGUAGGCAGGAUCUACAGUUAGACCGCCAAUAAAAACCUAACCAGUA